AUGCCUCGUCGCCAUUCCCUCGCCGAAGGUAACCAUGAGAUCGACAUAUCCCCAGGGUUUGGAGGUCGAGCCGUUGAAGCCCUUAAUCGUUUUCCGGCAACCGAAGAUCCAGACGCCCUCGCCGCCAUGUCGAUCGAGGAGCUGAAAUCUGCUAUAGAAGAGCACUUUAAUCUUACGUCAGAUCUUGUUCAGAAGAUCUCUUCCGAAUUUCGCACCAACCUUCGCCCUGCUUACGAUAACUUUUUGGCUUUUUUUCAUUCCAUUGAUUGGAAGGAACCCUGGCUAUUGGGAUUGUUAACAUUCCAUGUUGUAUUGCUGCUUGUAGCUAUCAUCUCUAGGAAGAAUACCAACUUUCAGAUGUGCUUGUUUCUUUUGACGUUGGCUGGUGUAUAUCUCGCCGAGAGACUGAAUAGUUUUCUGGGGGGGAACUGGAAAAGCUUCUCUAGUCAAAACUAUUUUGAUCCAAGUGGAGUAUUUAUGUCAGUUUUUUGGUCUGGACCUCUUCUUGCAUUGGCUAUGAUAGUCUUGAUCAAUACACUAUUUUCCUUAUGUUACUUGACUGUGAAGUGGAAAAGAGCUGAACUAACACAUCGCGCAAGGGCCGCUCGUAUUAAGCAGGCAUAG